AUGCCAAACUAUGGCUUGGAUGGCCCAGCCAUCACGACAUUCGACAAAUGCUCUCCUGAGAUGAUUCGGGCCAUCCGUUCAUACUUCCAGCAAUGGGGCAAGCAUCAUAUGACGAAACCUGACAUGCUCCGCGACUGGAAGCUUGAGGAGCAUGUCGAUAACAUGGUCUUCAAGACCUGGGCUAGCGACGAACCUAUUUUGACUCCGGUCUUCCGGCUGCCUGUCAUCCAAGAUUCUUACGUUCGAGUCGGCGUUUUCAAGGAGACUCUACCCUCCCAUGGUACUACGGUGACCAUUAUUGCCGCGGGACUUGAAAACGACGUAGUCGGGUACUCGGGUCGAUACCGCGAUCCCAACCCACCUCCUGAACGCAGGGUUGGUCAGCCUGCCUUCCUGAGAGCGAAGAUGGAUAGUUUACAGCAAUCAAUCGUCCACGAGUUCUUUGAUAAACAAGGAAAACCUGUUCCAGUUAGCUUCAUCGACUUUGGUACCGAGAACAACAUGCCAUCGGAAGCUAAGCUUUGUCAAGCAUACAAGACUGCCGAUACUGCCUGGGCUAAGGCAUGCGACACGUGGAACAGUCAGUUGUGCGUCUACCUCUGCCGCCGCAAAAUCUUCGACCUAUCGCACACAUAUCCUUGGAAUCCUGCAAAUGAUGGACAGCGAAGCUAUAGUGAGGACAACUUUAUCGUCGCUCCACGGAUCUGCACCAGAAUACCUUCGAUCCUUGACCGCCACCGAGCCAUUGGUGUCUUUAUCGAUGAUCAGGAGACCCGUGGUCAAGAGGGACUAGCUGUAUUCACGGGUCCUGUAUCGCGUGGAAUCGAUACACAUGAAAGCAACGCAAACGCUUGUGUCAAGCAAGAGAAAUGGUGA